AUGGCCGUCCUUCCCGGGACGGUCGAUGCCGACGAUCAGGAUCGCGCGCUUCAGGCCGUCGAGCUCGGCGAAAUCCUGCCGCUCGCCAAAAUCCUCGCCAUCGUCGACGAACGGUUCGGCGGCCGCGUGAUCGAGAUCGAACUGGACCGGGACGAUGGCGUCUAUGUCUACGAGAUCGAACUGGUCAGCGCGCAGGGCCGGCUCUACGAGGUCUAUGUGAAUGCCGCGAACGGGCGCAUCAUCGAACUGGAAGCCGAAGACGAGUUCUACGACGACGAUGAUCAGCGGAUCGCUGCGGAUCUCGACGCGGCGCUUGGCGCGGCGGGGUUCGUCGUCGAAACCUGCGCGGACGGCGAGGACGCCUGGUUUCUUGGCGACACGGAAGACUAUGCGCUGAUCGUGCUCGAUCUGGGCCUUCCGGCGAUGGACGGUCUGAGCGUGCUCAAACGAUGGCGGGCGAACGGCCGCAACAUGCCGGUGCUCGUGCUGACGGCGCGAGGCGCGUGGAUGGAGCGCGUCGAGGGCAUCGAGGCCGGCGCCGACGAUUAUCUCCCCAAACCGUUUCGCAUGGAGGAACUCGUCGCAAGGGCGCGGGCGCUGGUGCGGCGCUCGGCGGGGCAGGGCGCGGCGGUACACCGCAUCGGGGCGCUGACGCUCGAUACCAACCGGAUGAGCGUUGCCCUUCGCGGCGUUCCGGUCCGGGUGACCGCGCUUGAAUACAGGCUUCUGGCCUAUCUGGCGCUGAGCAACGGCCGCGUGGUGCCGCCCGGCGAACUGCUCGAACACCUUUACGGCGAUGACGACGCGCGCGAGGCCAACGCGCUCGAAGCCGUCGUCGCGCGGCUGCGCCGCAAGCUGGGCGCCGGUGUCAUCGGCACGCGGGUCGGUGGCUUGACGCGGCUGUCGCUGCGCUGGCGCCUGGUGGUUGCGGGCGCAGCCGCCAUUAUCGUCGCGCUCGGCCUUGCCGCGGCCGGACUGGCCGCGCUGUUCGCCGGCCAUGUCGAACGCCGUGCGAUCGCCGAGCUGGAAGUGCAUCUGGACCAGGUGCUGGCCGGGCUGACGCGCGACCAAUCCGGUCGUCUUCUGGUCGCGCCGCCCGCCGAUCCGCGCUUUCGGCGCCCGUAUGGCGGGCUCUACUGGCAGAUCGAUCUGGCCGGCGACACGCUGCGCUCGCGGUCGCUUUGGGACCACCGUCUCGCCCUGCCGCCGGACGAGGUCGCCGACGGAGCCGUCCAUGUCCACAGGAUCGGCGGGCCCGGUGACGCGCCGCUACUGGCGCUGGAACGCAUGGUCUCGCUGCCCGCGCCGCUCGGCGGCGGGCGCGUCCGCGCGGCGGUGGCUCUGGAUGCGGUCGAACUCGAUGCCGCGCGCAACGCCUUCCUCGCCGAUCUGGCGCCUUAUCUCGGCCUUCUGGCCGCCGCGCUGAUCGCGGCGGGCUGGGUCCAGGUCGGUAUCGGCCUCAGGCCGAUGCGGCGCAUCGGCUCACGCGUCGCCGCCAUCCGGACGGGCCGCGCGCACAGGAUCGGAGAGGACUGGCCCGCCGAGGUGCGGCCGCUCGCCACCGAACUCGACGGUCUUCUUGCGGCGCGCGAGGCCGACAUCGUGCGCGCCCGCGCCCGCGCCGGCGAUCUGGCGCAUGGUCUGAAGACGCCGCUGCAGGCGCUGAUGGGCGAGGCCGGGCGCCUUUCGCAAGCAGGCGAUGCGGCGCACGCCGAGAGCAUCGAGGCGAUCGCGCGCGCCAUGCAGCGUCAUGUCGACCGCGAACUGGCGCGCACGCGCGUCGCCGCCGGAGCAGCCGCCUCCCGGUGCGAUCCGGCCGAGGUCUGCGGGCGGGUCAUCGAGGUGGCCCGGCGAACGGCUGCCGGCGAGCGGCUGGCAUGGCAUCUCGACGACGUUGGCCGAAUCCCGAUGGUGGCGAUCGAUGCAGCCGACCUCGCCGAGGCGCUCGGCGCGCUGGUCGAGAACGCGGCGCGCCACGCGAGCAGCCGGGUCGAACUGGCGGUGCGCCACGCUGACGGAGAGGUGAACGUUGCGGUGCGCGACGACGGGCCGGGGAUCGAGCCCGAUCUGCUCGAAAAGGUCACCGCGCGCGGCAUGCGACUGGACGAGGCCGGCACGGGGCUGGGGCUGGCGAUUGCGGCCGACAUUGCCGAGGCGGCCGGCGGCAGGCUGGCGCUCGCCAACCGGCAGAAGGGGCUUGAGGCGAGUCUCGUCCUGCCAGCAGCGGGAUCCUGA